AUGGCAGAGGAAAAAAUUAUGCUUGUUGUUUCAAUAACAUCAGGAAGGAAUUUCCCGCAGUACAAAGACAGACAACUUAUAGUCGAAGGAAGAUUUAACGAUGAAAAACUAUACAGUGAUCCUGUAGCGCAUCUUCCCACGCCUCAAAUCAACACUGAACUGGCUUGGGAACUCGAUCGAAAAGCAGUCCAUCAUCAUAAGAUUCAACGGACGCCUAUCAAACUUAAUGUGUUUGCAGGAAAUCUUUCUUCUGAUAAAAAUGAGUUGAUUGGUUACAUUGUGCUUGAUCUUCGCGGAGCAAGUUCGACCACAUCACAGGCGAAAUGGAUGCCUUUACUUUCCUCAAAAUACAGCAAGUUCAAGCCCGAAUUGUCGGUUGUACUGACUCUCGAAGAAGAACCAAGUGCUGGCGCAAACAAUGUGCUCCAAGAAAACAAUUCGGGAAAACUGCCAGUCGAGACGAAGGAAGAAAACGGAAAGCCAUUCCUGCAAAUUGGAAAAGGAGGCUCGAUGUACGUCUUUUCUUUGAGUCUUUUAUCCGGCGAGCGAUUGGUGAAUCUGAUGCCUGCUAAUCGUCCUGUUCAUGAAGGUUUCUACUGGUUCUACCAACUGAGAGGCAACGACGUAGUUCACGAGCCUUUUACAGAGUUGACCGCACCAUUUCCAGUCGAGCGGGCCUCUCUGAAUCUGCAAGGGCUAAAAAAGAACCUCUGUCGAUUUUUGACAGCGGAACUGUGUCCGAUUGAAAUUCACUUGUGCAGCGGCGAGCAAUCCCUCGGCCAUGCCAUGGUGCAGUUUGGACAGCCGUUGACUAAAGCGUUCAAAGAGCUCGAUCUUACGAAAGACGUCGCCAGAUCUAAGAUCACAGUACCCAUGAAGCCGAAUCCAUCGAUGGGCGGAAUCAAAGGCGCAUCGUUGGUUGUUGAACUGUCAAUUCGAGCAGAAAACGUUCCUCAGACACCGCUUAAUUCGACCUCGGAGCAGUUGGCACAGCCUGUCCCGCGGGGAUUGCCCAAACCUCUCGCUCCAGAGCUCUCAGAAGGUCAAAACAAUACAGACCACGAGAUUGCUGAAAUUGACUAUUCUGAACCGACUACAACGAGCUCACAUUUAGUCGCCCCUCAAGUUCAAGUGCACUAUUCUUUCUCAAUCGAAAUACAAACACUGCGAAUGAAGGAAUAUCAUCAAAUAUCCGUGUAUGUUAAAUACUCAUAUCCAUUCUUUGGCUCGUCAAAACCGAUCUUUUCCGGGGCCCCUGUUCCGCUACACAUGAAAAAUCAACAAGUAAAGCUCACCGAGCCGUUUUGUCAAUUUGAUUUUGCCUGUGCACCAAGACAGUUGGAGAAUCAGUUCAGAUCAGUUCCACUCGUUCUUGAGGUCUGGACAAGAAGUCAGAACGAAGCGGAUCGCGCAAUUGGAACAGUUGUGAUCCCAAUAGAAAAACUUCUUCCAGCAAACAUGAAACCAAAGAUUGCAAAUGAAAAUCUGGCCGUAGCUCUGGAUAACCGAGUAGUUGGCGACAUAGACGUCAAGUUCUGGCUUGAAAACAAAGGACCUAUCAAACAACAAAUCAUCAUCCCACCCAACGAAGCGAGCAACAAAGAAGAAGAGCUGAAGCGAAUGCAGGAGCAGAUGAACAUGUCCAUGGAUAGAAAACGAGAAGAUCUCGAAAAGUUACAGUUCAAAACUGCCCUUGACCUGCAACUGUGGAAAGACGAGCAAGAAGAAGAGUUCACCAAGUACCUGAAGCAAAGGGAAGAUGAAAUGAUCAAAAAAAUCGCCGGAGAAUUCACGCGACGGGAGCAAGAAAGAGACCAAGUGAUGAGUACCCGUGUCUCUCAGUACGAAAAAAUGGAGAAGCAGCUGCGAAAAGCUCUUGCUGAGGCGAAAAAGGCUGAAACAAGGGUUUCUGAUCAGGAAAAGGAGCUGGCGAGGCUGAGGGACGAUCUCCAAGCUGAGAAAGAUAGGAUUAGACAAGAUGCUAAAACUGCAUUUGAGCAGCAAAAGCUUGAGCGUGCAAAAACAGCGGCAGCAGAAGAAAGAGCGUCCAAAUACAGACUUGAGCUGGACGAAACUGACCACAAAUACAAAUCGCUACUCGAUGAACUUGAAAUUUCAAAGCGCCAAGCGCCGGAUCCACAUUUGCAGGCCGAGGUUAAAAGCCUCCUUGUUGAAAAGAACGAGCUCGAGAAACGCAUAGAUUCACUUUCAAAGGCGAAACAGCACUAUAAACUUCAGUGGAGCAGGGCUAUAAAAGAAGUGGCAACGAUGAAGGAGCGUGAGAUUGAAAGUGCAGAAGUAAAAUUGCGUCGGAAACAAGAAGAAAUGGAGGAAAUGCGAGCAAGAUACCAGGCUGCACAAGAUCAUCAAGAAAUGAUCGCAGAGCGCGAUACUAUUCGGGCGAUGAAAAACGAAUUCAAAAAUACGCAAAAAUCCUUUUCAAACUUUCAUGGUCAGCAGUUCGAAUCAGAAGACACUGGCUAUCGGAAGCUCCUUGACGACAAAGAACAACUGCUUAAAUCAGGCGCAUACACAGAACAAGACCAAGUCAUCCAAGAAAUCAACAGAAAACUUCGUGAAAUGUCCUGCAGUGGCUGA